GUCGUGUCUUUGUGUGCUUGUUUCGACGCCGAUAUAUUUCUUUACUUUUUCAAACAUGAUCAAUAGUAUUUGUUUGUAAAAACGAAUCGAAAUGAGGCGAUAGAAACACAAUAACAAAAGUGUUGUUUUCCCCUCGGUGACAGUCGCAGGAAGUACUCAGAGCAGAGGCGCCUUUUCUGAGCUCAUGUCGUCAGGCGAAAAGUAGCUUUGACACUCAGCAGGCCGACACUGUUUUAGCUCAAAUACACAUUAAUUUUAUAGAAUUAACAACUCAGGGGAACAGCAGCACACUCCGUUAAACUCAAUAAUACAACAUGGCGACUAAAAAGAAGCGAACGCCUCAUGUAAAUAACGACAGCUGGGUUGUCAUCGCUGCGGACUCUGCCAUCCACACACAGAAGCACGACAGUGACCCAGCUUUUGUGAGGCUAAGGAAUCCUGCUACAGAUGUGGCAUCUCUGUAUAUGCUCAGUAGUGGGGUUGUACAGCUGUUUGAGGUCAAAGCAUUUGAAGAAGAUUUCCACUCCUGGUUUGUUGGUCAGACUGUACAGAGAGAUGGGAGACUUCUCUUUUUAACACCGAUGGAUCCUCUCUAUCUAAUUUUGCCAUAUUUGAUUAAAUCUGGCAGAGAGGGGAAGUUCCAGCCGGUGGAUCAAGUUGUUAUGGACGAGGAAUUCCCAGCUUGCUCAAGGCUGCUGAGCUGCACACGCUCCCUGGCCUCCCUGCACCACAUCGCAGAGGAAAAAGAGGUGGGAAGUCUGAAGUUCCAUCGAUACAGUGAAGAGAAGACGAUGAAUUGGUUGAAGAAAAAGGUGGAGAGGACUGUCACUGCACUCAAAGCGAGAAGCAUCUCUGUGGGAGAAGGAGUCAAAUCCACAACGUACGUCAGAAUGAAGUCAGAGUCAGACCACUGUGAGGAGGACUACCUACGCUAUGCUCAUGGCCUGAUAUCAGAGUACCUCAGUGAGGACCUGAGCAAAGCCCUCCUCAAUCACCUGCAGUUACCAGAGCUCACAAGCCCAAAGGAGACUGAACCUCCUUCCAAGAAGCGGAAACUUUCAGACAAACCGGUGGAGGCUGGAGACGACUACACCAAAUUCAACAGUGCAGACUUUGCGCGGAAACCGCCCAAGAAGAUGACUGCUGCUCAGAAAUCUCUGGCGAAGGUGGACAAGACCGGCAUGAAGACGAUGUCAUCCUUCUUCAGCCCCAAGGUCAAAGCAGAAAAAUAAGUGAAUGUUGUACAGUUUCUGGUUUUGUAUAUGAAACAUUUGUAAUAAAGAAAAGGAAAUGUAUUUGAUGUAUGACUUGAUUUCACACUGUGGAAGGUAAAGUAAUAAUGCAGGAAAGUUAUCACUUGUAUUCUGACCACAUUAAUGUUUGUACUAGUGUUGUGACAAUACUGGAAUCUCUAACUUCAAUACAGUACCUUGUAAAAUAUCUAUUUGAUACCACAGGGAAAAACAGACUAUAAAGGAAUAUCACGCUGUGUGAGAUGGGGGCGCCAUCUUUGAGGUAUGCGCUCUGUUACUUCUACCAGAGUGUACACGCUCAGUCCAAAAAUGAGAUACUUUACAAUAUCCAAGUUACGUGAGUGGACGUAGUGCAUUGAGGUCUAUAAUCUGUUUAUUGUGAUUAGUUUGUCCAAAUACAGUUGCCUGACCACCAUCCUUACAAGAUGGAGCCUCUUUCUGAAACAUUUAACAUGCCAUGAUGUGAACUUCACAUUCUCUUUG